UGGAGGUCCCCGCAAGUUGCUGCUGCUGCUGCUGCUGUUGUGUGGAAGGGGAGAAUGAAGAAAGGGAUGGAUUGACUUGCGUGCCUUGAGCCAGGCACCAUGCGUUCCCUGAUGCAAAUCUUUCUCAACUGAGGUGUUUGGAAGAAGAGGAGGACCAAUAGAGAGAUGACAGGAAAACCAGACUGCAUAAAAGUAAUGAUGUUGCAAAACCAAUAUAAACUAGAUAGUGGUGAGAGUGCCUCAGUGGACUGCUUUCCAAUAAGGAAGAUCUUCAAGGGUGGAUAUCAAAGCGCAGGGCACUGGGUGAAGGCUCAGAAAAGCACCAAGGACAAGGUUUUCCAAGUUGUAAUUGGCUCAAAGCCUGUUCAAAGCUGGCAUCCAACGUCAGCCCAAGUGGACAAAGCCCAACAUUCUGACAAGCCUUCUAAACCCACUAAGGAGAAAGUGCUGGAUGGAAAUUUCUUGAUGCAGCUGCAUUGCGUGGUCAGUCACUCCGAUCUGUGUGCUGUGAAUAUUAGUGAUCAGGACCUCCAUUCCGUUAAAGAAGAAGAUUUUAAGUUGUUUGAUUGUGUGGUCUAUGUAAACGCAGCAGCAAACCACUUACUUCUUGAACCAUUUAGAUUGUUUCCAGCUAUCCGAGAACUGGAUCUUAGCGUCAAUGGGCUGAAGAAUCUGCAGCUAACUGUACACGAUUUCCCCCACUUGGAGGUGCUGAAUCUGUCCUACAACAAACUGUCUGACAUGGAUAUUCUGGCACUGGGGAUUCUUCCUCAACUCAAAAUCCUCCACCUGACUGGCAAUGAUCUGAACUCACUUCCCCCCGAUAUGAUGAUGUCCUAUGAUCCCUUGGAUCGGUUGGAAGACCCUUUGCCGAGGUUUACUGCACUCGAGGUUCUUAUGCUGGAUGAUAACAGAUUAUCUGACCCCUGUGUGUUUUCAAGCCUGGCCAAUCUUCAGAGGUUAAAGUACUUAAAUCUCGACCAAAACAGCUUCACUGGGAUCCCUUACCUGCAGCAGAUGGAGUCCUCUCUGUUACAGAAGUCUGAGUGUGAUCUGCUGAGCCGUUCGAUCAUCAGCCUACUCAAACAGCCUAUUCAGUGUGCAGAAGGGGAAAUAAUGGAGACUACUGUGCAAGAGAAAUUACUGAGAAGGAGGAGAAGACGGAGGAGAAGAUGGAGCUAG